AUGAGCACGGCUGUGCAGUUGGUAGCUUCGAAUCUAAAGGACGUGGUGGCUCAGAUUAACCCCACCAUCGCGGAUGGGAUCGAUUCUAGCAUAGCGGUGUGCGAUAUCUUCAUAGGCAUGACGCCAUGCUCGCAGCUACUAGAGGACCUGAUUUUUGUUCCAAUUGGGGAGGCCAAGCAGAGUGAGUUCUUCUCACACAACCAAUGUGCAAUGCACCAUACUGCUCUGAAAGGUUUUGAUCUCAUCUCUUAG